AUGCCCACCUUUCCCUCCAACCCGUUCCGGCCCUCGGGCAACAGUGCCGCCCUCCCCUUCAGCGCGCGCAUCGGAAUCCUCUACCGUCGCAAGCUCGCCUCCCACCCUUUCCUCCUCUUCGGCCUCCCCUUCAUCUCUCUCAUGGUCCUGUCGUCCUUCCUCCUCACCCCCGCCACCGCGCUCCGCUUCGAGAACCACGACCGGAAGAACAGAGAGGUGAGCACACACGAGGCACUGAAUCUGGGCUUCAACAAAACCGGUGCUGGCGCGUUUGGCGAGCCGGUGGGUGCGACCGGUGUGACGUAUAAUCCCAGGCGGAGGAUAUUGACAAAAGGCGCCACGAGUGAGAGGGACGAGUAUUAUAAACUGAUGGCAAAGGACCUGGAUAACUGGGAGCAGAAGAGAGUGGAGAGAUGGAAGGGUGAACCGGACGGGAGGCUGUGA